GCGUUAACCCCAGAGCGAGUCUCGUUGCCGGUCGGGCCCAAGCUCAGGUUCUGGGCCCAGCGCCGGAACGGUGGGUGAGCGGCGCUGGCUCGUGUGCUGUAAUUACGGAAGGCUCCCUUUAGCUUUGAGCUCGUUUGUUUGGUUUGGGUUUUUUUUUUUUCAGCAAACGCGUUGCUAGAGCUGUGGGGUGGGUGCUGCAGGCAUGUCCUUUCGCUGCUCCUCGCCUCUCUGCUGCUUUCUUUUCUUUCCAGCAAUUGCAGUUCUCGGGAACGGAGUGGCUCUAAUUGAGGCGCCUUGCUAAUGGCUAUGGUGUGACUGUUGUAAUAUUACAGAACUUCUUAAAGUUGUCUUUGAGGUGGGAGUUGGUUAUGCUACUGCAGGAGUGGACAGGAAGCCAAGGGAGGAAUUCUACCUAGCCUAGAUAAUCAACUAGCACAUCGAAAGGUGGUUUUGAGUACUGAAGAACUGAAGCAGCACGGUUUGCCUAGGAUUUGUACUUUCUUGUUGGUGAGGAAGUGCAGCUGGAAAGUACGUUCUUUACGAAGACAGUAGUGGCCCGAUUUUGUUGUUAAAGUAUAUUGAGCACCUGGAGACCAGUGGGAUGAAACUGGAUGAGAAAUUUAUUCUUUCUGAGCUGUUUUGCAUCAUCUCUAGGAGAAUUUAUAAAUAGCGAUGGAAGCAGUCCAGGUAGAAGCUGGAGCAGCUCUGAUCCAGCCACGGUUUGCUCACAACUAGGAAAUCCUGCUCCACUUCCCUGAAAGAAAACCCCAGUUGUCAGGGCUGGAAAUCUCCUGCUGUAUCAGACAGUGUGUCUUCUUAACUUAAAUCUCCUGUAACUUCUCUGUGGAGCGCCUUGCCCUUCUAGUGGAUGUCCCCUGCUUCCUGAUGCCCUGGGAAUAGGCUGCUUGGUGAGCUUGCUUUGUUGGAAUGCAGGGCUGGCAAAUUCAUAAGUAACCUCAGCCAUCCUCCAGUCUGCACCAGAGACCCUGACAACACGUGCCUCGUUUGGCUGGAGCUGGCCCUAGAAAUUCAGCCUGGCUUUUCUUCUGGUUACCGGGCUGGCAGCCCUGAGGCCCUGUGGUGGGAAUGCAGGCCUUGGGGCAACGUUUGCAUGAGUCUGGUAGUUCUUGCUUUGAAUUUGAAUUUUUCUGACUGUGUUUGUCAGCAACUAACUGCAACUGACUGCUUUUAAGCUGGGUGGCUGGCUCCUAUGCUGUUAUCUAAAGCACCAGAUAGAUUUGUCUAAUUAAUGAGGGCUGUGUUGCGCAUAGAUGGAAGUAGGUGUACUCCUCUGUUCCGAGUCACCGAUCUCCAUAAAACUAGACUGAACUUUUCCUCCCAGAAGGACUUUUAAGAGGUUUUCAUGUGUUUUUUUUUUUUUCUUGAUUUUCUUACCAGCGUGUGAACAAGAAUAUAAUGCCUAAAGCUUUUAUGCUUUUUAGUGUGUGCAGCUCUGUAAAUGUCAGUUCUCGUGCACAAAACAUUUUAAGUUCAAGUAGGAGAAAUGUGGGGAAAAUGAAUAAAAUGGAUUUGCAAACUACUAGUCUGCAGAAUAAAUAUCCACAGUGGAUGCUUACCCAAAACCAAGAGAGAGUUUUGGGUGGUAAAAAGAAGCCCACUGUUCAGAAGAGUGUUUUGGAAGACGGGCUGCCCUUCCUAGAGUUCCGUGGUUCUGUUGUUUACAGCUACGAAGCCAGGGACUGUUCCCUUAUCUCAGAAGAUAUCAGGCAGAGUUUAUCAGAUGGGGCUGCUGUUGGAUUUGAUAUUGAAUGGCCACCAUCAUAUACUAAAGGAAAAAUGGCAAAAAUAGCUGUGAUCCAGAUAUGUGUAACUGUGGAGAAAUGCUAUUUGUUUCACAUCUCUUCAAUGUCAGGUUUUCCCAAGGGACUCAGAAGACUGCUCGAAGAUGAAACAAUUAAAAAGGUUGGCGUAGGAAUUGAGGGAGAUCAAUGGAAGCUGAUGAGUGACUUUGAAAUCAAACUGAAGAGCUUUGUGGAGCUGGCUGACAUUGCUAAUGAGAAACUGAAGUGUAAGGAGAUAUGGAGUCUAAACGAUCUGGUAAAACACCUUUUUGGCAAGCAGCUUUUGAAGGAUAAGUCUGUCCGUUGUAGUAACUGGGAAGAGUUUCCACUCAGCGAUGAGCAAAAAUUGUAUGCAGCCACAGAUGCCUAUGCUGGCUUCAUCAUUUAUCAAAAACUGAAAAAUAUGAGUGACAGUGACCGGAAAUUAUUUUGUGUAAGAAGAGAUGACACGUUGUCAGAUGGUGUGAAGGAACGCUUGACUUCGCUAGCUGAAGAGAUGAAGGACCUGGCUUCUCACAUCCCUGUCUUUUCUGGACAACCUGAAAAUUUGGAGAGGGCUGCAGAAAUACUAGCUGAUGUAUCAGAGAAUAUAAAUGCUUUAAGAAGCAUGCUGUUUGGUUCAGGUUCCCCUUCUGUACCGAAGAGGAGCUGUGGCGCAACUCCAACAUAUCUUGAACCAGAGUCAGCAAAUGCAGUGCAAAAAGUUGAAAUGCCUGAAUUUGCUAAACAACUUGAAGGUGACUUCAACAUCUGCUCUGAUGCCACACUAGCUGGCCUCUGGGAGGGAGAUGGUAAUGAAGAAGAGGCAGAGAGAGGUACCACUACUGUGGACAAUGGGGCUGCAGCAGCCAGCUCUAAGGGCAGAGCAGAUGGAGACGACUUCAUGUCUCUAGACAUUACUGAGCAAGAACUUCAGAUCUGGGAACAUCAGGCUGCAAAAGAACUGGUCAACAAAGCUGUACCUGAGGAGGCAUGCUCCACAGACAAUGAACAAAAUAUUUCCUCUGUCAUUGAGAGUGAUGAAGAACUGGAAAUGGAGAUGCUUAAAUCUUUAGAAGAUGUUGACAAAUCCAAAGGAGUUUUAACUGAGAGAGAGUCUGAUAAAGCCAGGAAAACUCCUGAUACGGAAUUGAACAUUCUACCAGAUGGUGAUGAGGAUGAAGGCAUUGAGGAAGAGGAGGAGGAACGUUUGGAUCCAUUGCUGCCAGUACCUGUUGAAAGCCACAUCACAUGUCUGAAGACAUAUUUUGGACAUUCUUCUUUUAAACCGGUCCAGUGGAAAGUGAUCAAUUCUGUUCUAGAAGACAGAAGAGAUAAUCUUGUUGUCAUGGCAACUGGCUAUGGAAAAAGCUUGUGCUACCAGUUUCCUCCAGUUUACACUGGAUGUACAGGAAUUGUCAUCUGUCCUCUUAUCUCCUUGAUGGAGGACCAGGUGCUGCAGCUGACAAUGUCAGGGAUUCCAGCUUGCUUGCUUGGUUCAGCUCAGUCGAGAGACAUCAAAGAAUGCAUCAAAGCGGGUCAGUACAGAGUCAUAUAUAUGACUCCAGAGUUUUGUUCGGGGAACUUAGACUUGCUUCAGAAUCUUGACCAAACUAUCGGUAUUACCCUCAUAGCUGUUGAUGAAGCUCAUUGCAUUUCCGAGUGGGGCCAUGACUUCAGACGUUCCUUUAGAAGUUUAGGCUCAUUAAAGAAGGCUCUGCCAUCGGUUCCCAUUGUUGCUUUAACUGCAACUGCAAGUCCAUCGAUUAGAGAAGACAUAGUGAAUUGUCUGAACCUGAAGAAUCCCCAGGUCAUGUGUACUAGCUUUGACAGACCUAACCUGUUCUUAGAAGUUGGACGACAGAGUGGAGAUAUUCUCAGGGAUUUGAAGCAGUUCCUUACUAGGAAAGGAAGCAGUUCUGCCUAUGAGUUUGAAGGCCCCACUAUCAUCUACUGCCCUUCGAGAAAGGCGACCGAACAGGUUGUGUCCGAAUUGAUGAAACUCGGUGUGACCUGUAGUGCAUAUCAUGCUGGUAUGAAAAUCGAACAAAGGAGAGAGACCCAUCACCAGUUCAUGAGGGAUGAAAUUCAGUGUGUUGUGGCUACAGUGGCAUUCGGAAUGGGCAUCAAUAAGGCAGAUGUCCGGAUGAUUAUUCAUUACGGUGCCCCUAAGGAAAUGGAAUCCUAUUAUCAAGAAAUUGGAAGAGCUGGUCGCGAUGGGCUUCGUGCUUCUUGUCACGUUUUGUGGACGGCGACAGACUUGACUUUUAAUAGACAUCUUUUAAGUGAGAUACGCAAUGAGAAGUUCCGGUUGUACAAACUGAAGAUGUUGGCAAAAAUAGAGAAGUACCUUGUGUCAAAGAGCUGCAGGAGGAAAAUCAUCCUGUCUCAUUUUGAAGACAAACAACUCCGUAAGGUUUCCUCUGGCAUCAUGGGCACAGAAGAAUGCUGUGAUAAUUGCAGAUCUGGAGCCACUUAUUUUGCAGUCCCCAGUGACUCAGAAGGUGGUUUACAGGACUUUGGGAAGCAAGCAUAUCAGCUGCUGUCUGCAGUGGGUGCCCUGGAAGAGAAGUUUGGAACUACAGUUCCCAUUCUGUUUCUCCGAGGGUCUAGUUCUCAACGCUUGCCAAACAGAUACCGAAGACACCCUCUAUUUGGUAGUGGAAAAGACUGGCCAGAGAACUGGUGGAAAUUGCUCUGCCAGCAGUUGAUAAUGGAAGGAUUCCUCAAAGAAGACAUUGGGCAUAGCAAGUUUGUAACCACAUGUGUGCUUACCCAGAAGGGUAGAAACUGGCUAUUAAAAGCUGGAUCUGCUUCAAGUCCAAGUCUUCUGUUACAGUCCAGCGAAGACCUUAAUCUGCAGAGACCUCCUAGAAGCAGCAGACCUUUACCUGUGUUCUCAACACAGCGCUCCCCAGACGCGAAAGGAGCAAUGCCGUCACUAGUCAAGCAGAUGUCUCUGCAUGAUAUGUUUUCAAAUGAGAGAAAAAGUAAAACUCCUCCAAGAAGCAAUAACAUGUUUAACAGUUUUAUAGAGCAGUCGCCAGUGAAAUCUUCUCCUUUGAAGCCCCCAGAACAUGUUGUUUCAUCCCGAGAAAAAGACCUAGAGGCUGCUCUGUAUGGCAAGUUGCUGACUGCUAGACAGAAGGCAGCUAAUGAGAAGGUAAUUCCUCCAGCUGUCUUGGCAACCAAUAAGAUCCUGGUGGAGAUGGCCCAAACAAGGCCUACGAAUGUUGAGAAUGUGAAGAGAAUUGAUGGUGUAUCUGAAGCAAAAUCCACCAUGUUGAUCCCUCUCCUGGAUGAAAUUAAGGACUUCUGCCAAGCGAAUGGUUUGCAGACUGACAUAUUCCCCACAUCUGGAUCUAAAGAUCUGAAAGAAGCCUCUCCGUACAAGUUUACUAGAACCCUCUCUCCUUCAGAGCAUGUCACCUAUGUCCUCUUCCAAGAGAAAAAUCUCUCUGUGAGGACUAUAAGUGAGACCAGAUCUCUGCCUCUUCCUGAGGUUGGUGCUCACCUGUACCAGGCCAUGAAAGCUGGAUACCCUGUCAACCUGGAGCGAGCAGGUUUGACUCCUGAAGUUCAACAGAUCAUUUCUGAUGUUAUACGUAAUCUUCCCACUGACUCGGACACCACUAACAUACAAGCAAUUAGAAAACUUGUUCCUGCAAAUAUUGAGCUGUAUCUCAUCAGGAUGACUAUUGCGUUAUUGGAGAAAGAGGAUAGAAAUAAGUCUCGGGAUGGCUCGGGUGUCAAAAGGAGGUUGCUAUGGUCAGAUGGGCAGCAGGAAAAACCAGAUGCAGAUCAAGCAAACAAGCAAGAUGCCUUGUGGAGUAAAACAAAGGGUAAUUUGAUCAAUCCAACAUUGAAGGAAGGAGCAGAGAAAACCCAUCUGCAGGUGCUGCCUUCAGCUUUGCCAGCUUCCUUACUGUCACAUGGGAAGGCCGUGCAGAGGGUGGAUGACAGGCAGCAAGGUAGCAGCAGAGCAGCCGCCGGCCGCCUGAAGCCUGCCACCUUGGCCUCCUGGAAUCAGCCUGCCCUCAAUCCUGACGAGGAGGAACUGUUUGCUGACUCUCAGCUGAAGAGCUCGCAUCCCCCUGGUAAGAGGAAGGUGCCAGCAUGGUUUGGAACAGCAGUGGAACCAGUCCUACCUGUAACCCAGAUGAAGAAAGCCAAAGCAGAGACCAGAAAAGGGAUUUUUAGUUGAAUAGCGAAAUUAAAAUACGUUUUUUUUCUUACCUUCCUCCCCUUUCGACCAUGCUUCUGUACAGAGCCCUAUUUCACCUGUCUCCUUCCUCUUCCUUCUCUGCGGCCAGAGCGCCUGGGCGCUGGCACCACCUUCGUGCUUCUCGUUGUAUGAUAUUUGUUCUUAUUAAAAUAAUAAUAAUAAAAAAAA